CCUCGAACACCGCCUUCCCCUCGUACCCCUCGGAGGAAGAUGAGUAAACCCGCAGCAAGGAUUGCUAAAUCAUGGCAACAUUUAUGGAACGACUGGCUUUUCUUCAGAAAGUCCCAACUCUGAUGAAGGCUACAGCAGACAAUGAAACCCCCUGUCCUGGUUAUCUUUUCCAAGAAAUUGGAAAAAUCUCCCACGAGUCUUCAGGUUGCAGUCAGUGUUUGUUGGAGUACCUUCUGGAGCGGUUGCAGGUGGAGUCCUGUCAUGUCAAACUUAAGGUGCUGAAAAUCUUUGUCCAUCUUUGUGGUCAUGGCUCAAACCAUUUCCUCACAGAACUUCGAAGGAACUCCACGUUCAUCCAGCAGGCAUCAGUUUACAGUGGCCCUCCUGAUCCCAUCCAUGGCACAGCAUUGUACCAGAAAGUGAGAAAUACAGCACAGGAAGUGGCCAGGUUGCUUUUCACAGAUAUCAUUUCCACUAAAGACGGUGUGUCUCCGCUCAACCUAGCCCUCCCAACAAUGGGUAUGGGCUCAGCAACUUCCCACAGGUCAGGAAUGCAGGGCUUUGGAUACAGUCCAGGGAAGCAGGAGACAGCAGGCAGUGACUCACUACUGGAUAAGAUCCAGAAAGCUGCAGAGGUAGUGGCCAGUGCUGUCCUUCCCCCAACUGAACACCAGGGCAUCCGUCUCCAUGACAACCAUUACCGGGCCAUAGUUGCGCCGUCCGCACCCAUAGAGGUGGCUGUGCCUGCGUGUGCCUAUAACCUGCCUGCUCGCACACCAACAGCAUCGAUCCAGCGAUGUCCAGGGCAGGUGGGAGGCGGCUGGGAAGAGACCGACAGCAGCAACAGCUCCUCUCACAACUCUUCUCAGGAUAUCGCAGCUAACAGCAGGGCCUCUUUGGGCAGCAAGUCAGCUGGUACCGGGAGCCAAUCGGGGGCCAGUAGAGAGAGCAGUGGGGACCUAUCAGAAAGGGUGGAAGCCUUGCAGUUGGGGGACUGUGGCCAGGAGGUGGCGCUGAUCAGCAGACUGACUGAAGGAUCCAGAGUGUUCCUGUCCAGAGAGGAGAGCCAGCACUUCAUUAAAGAGUGCUCCAUUCUAAACUGUGAGGUUGUGGUGGAGUUGCUCUCGAGCAGGCUUCAAGAUCCCUCAAACACUGUUAAGAUGCGGGCACUGUCUGCUGUAGCAUGCCUCCUGACCUCUGACCUCCUUUCUCUGGAACAAAUGUUCGGAGCUACGCAACGAAGGCUCCGCCAGCUGAGUGAGGGGGCUCCAGGACCUGUGGCCAACAAAGCCACCAAGAUCCUGCGACAGUUUGAGGCUCUGAUGGGUGGAACUGUACACGCUCAAAGACGGGAUACAGCGAACAACAGCCACCAGGCAACAACUAAUCCGCUUACCUCAGCUACCCACUCGGACCCUUUACUUCCAGACCACUCUGCUGGCAAUCCCACCCUCAACCAUUAUCAGCCUGACAUCUCACCCACUGGUGUCCCCCAUCCACCAAAUCACCCAUCUUCCCACUCUAGUCUGUUCUUGGACCAGAGAGACCUCUCAGGGGAGCUGAUGAACGACUGCGAUGAGGAGAAACAGUCUCCCAUUCUGCGUGCGUUGGUGCAAAACCAGUCGGAGCCAGUCAGGACGGCUGAGGUUAAAUUGGUUGCUGAGGAAUCGGAACUUCACACAAACAGGAGCUCUUCCCACCGUGCUGAGCCCCAGAGUGAGCAGGCAUGUCUGGGCCGACUGUCCCUGUUCAGCGGUAUGGAGCUGGUGGCUCAGGGGAGGCCCCUGUGUACGAGAGGGACGUCCCAGACAGAGACGGACAUGACAGGCGACGACCGCUCAAGGGAGAAUCUAGCUGUGCAUAACAGUAUUGACAUCAAUAAAACCAGUGAUGAGUCUCCUUUUAUUAGCAAUACAGUUGCAUCUGACAGCAGUCAACCAGUAUCGGCCUUCACGUUUCUUAACUUUUGACCACAGACCAACGUUGUACAGCUGGAACUGUCAGUUCAAAACCAAUGAUGUCAUUGUGUGUGUGUGUGUGUGUGUGUGUGUGUGUGUGUAUAUACUUUUAGAAAUCUAUUUAAUUUUAUAAACCAAGAUCGGAUCUGUAAGCGUGGAACUAUAUAUAGACAGCAGAUUUACAUUAUGUUUUUUUUUUUUUCUGUAUGGUGCCUCCUUGGAACUUGCAUUAAGCAGUGGACUGGCCUGAGAGACAGAUUUAGGAACCAUAACUGUUGUCCUUUUAGAGUGAGUGCCAUCCACAGUUGGCAUGAUAACCCCCUACACUCUCUUAUGCGAGGACUGGUCUGUAAGCUAUGCUGAAGUCUCAUUUCUGAAAAGUGUUAAACAAGAAUACUUGCCUUGACUUACAUGUUAUUAUUGACAGUUGCUUUAUCUCAGGAUUCCUUUUAGCGAACUGAAACGACUUCUCGCCUCUGCAGCACGUCCUAAACCUCUGAGGGAGAAUCCCUCGAUUUGUAAUUUGCACUACAGUUGCUUUUCUAAUGGUCUCAUAAACCUACAAAUGAGGAGUUGUCUUCCAUAUUUUUGGUCAAUGUUACGACUUGGUUUACAAAUGAUUUAUUGUCUCCCAUGUAACAAUAAAAACAAACCCAUGAGUGGUUGUAGAGUGCAUGAUCGAAGACUAGUGGAUAACUUAUGGAAGAAUUUCUUAUUGAGAUGUGUGUGCAUAACUUGUGUGGCAUUGUGUUCAAUAAAACCUCUGCCAUCAGCAUAAUGCAAAAUAGCAAUUUAAUGAGCGGUUGUUUCUGUAACCAAAUACGAGGCAGAUUACCUUCACUAUCUCACUGUUGCUGUUCCAUUUACAUUCUCCACUGGGGUGUUGAGGACUGGAAUGUAGUACACACGACAUGCCAAAAUGGUAAUCCAACCUACCGAUAUGUACAAUGAACGCUAGUGCUGUGUGAUGUUUCUGUGAACGCAAGCUAAGCUUUGGCAAUAGCUGAGCUGAGGAACAAUAAAACCUGCUGUAAUUUGGUUACAGCACUAACAACUA